AUGCCGCCUUUUCAAUGCAUGCAUUGCCCAGAGAGUCUUUCAAUCGACUCUGUAAUUGAACAUUAUAACAAUCACAGUCAGACAACCAUAUUGCCUGUUAACUUCUAUCAAUGUUCAAUCUGCAGUUUUCAUACACGUCAUUCAAAGUCAUUUAUAGACCAUGUUUCAGAAUAUCACAAAAGUACUGAAUUAUUUCACUGUCCAUAUUGUGAUGCACAAGCACCUACUGCUGAAAUAUUAGUGAGCCACAUGGAGGUAUACAAAUAUCUCAACGGUGCACAACUACUUUACAAGUGUGCAGAUUGUAAACAACAAUUGGAAACAAAGAGGUCUUUGAAACGCCAUAUCCUGAGGGAUCACAAUGAUAGUUAUUUGUGUGGUUUUUGCUCAGAGAAGUUCAAAACUCUGGAUGAAAUGUGUACACAUAUUGAUGCUAAUAUAUAUGAUAUAUAUAAAUGUAAAGAGUGUAGUUUUGUUCAUACCAGUCAAGCCAACAUAGAGCAGCAUGUUCUGAUCAAUCAUGUUUUAGCUGAGUGCAUUGUCAUUAGAAAGUCAGUUCCUGGGAAAUGUCUAAAUCAGCUGACUUUGAGUAAAUUGAUUGAUGCACGUAAUGAGGUAAUGAAACAGGACAGUAAAGACCUUAAAAAGCAGCAUGUUUCUAAAAAAUCCACAACAAAGGGAUGUAAGAGACCCCCAUCUCUCACUGUUGCAUGUAACAUGUGUGGAGAUCAUAUUGAUGUUCUACAAGUAGAUGAGCAUGCCGUUAUAUGUAAGAAAACCAAGGCUGAUGAUGUAUCAGGUGCUCAAUCAACAACAGAUCCAAAAUCGGAGUCACAUUCCGAAGGAAAGUGUGGAAUAACAAACCGUCCAAAAGAUGUAUGUGUGAAGGUUGAACCAUUUGAAAAUUAUGAUCUUAAUGGGAAGAUGAUGUGGUAUGAAUGUGCUGGUUGUAAAUUUGAAACCAAAAAUUCAUUGCUGAUUGUUUCUCACCUUGGUUCAUGUAACCAGGCUAGGGAAGCAGCCAUAACGUUAACCGCAGAUGGAUGCAGACCUCCUUUAAAUGCCUCACCUCGUAGACAAAUAUGUUACACGUGUCCAAAUUGUCCAUAUGAUGCAUACAGCUCUGUUGAAAUGUGUGAACAUAUGCAAAACCAUGCAAAAAGAAUAUCACUUUAUACAAGUAGUCAGUUUUCAUGUUCCUACUGUAACCAAAUAUUCCAGUGGUAUUAUGAGUUGUAUGAUCACAUGUCAGCCCAUAAAGGAAGAACAAAACUGAAAUUAUUUACUUGUCAGCUCUGUAGAUAUAGAACAACACUGGAUGCUUUGGCAAAAGAUCAUGCUUUACAGGUACAUGAGCAAAGAUUGGACCCUAUACCAUUGGUCAGUAUGUUUGAAUGUCAGGAUGGUAGCUGUGAGAGCUGUGGUAGACUUUUAAAAGCAAAGGCCAUUUGUGCAGUUUGUCAAACUGUUAGAUGUACAGAUCAACCCCAGCAACAAAUCAACAGUAUUUCUCAAGCACAACAACCUCAAAUCAAAUCUGAACACGCUUCUUUCCAAAAUGACACACCUGCACAAAAUAUUGUUAGUGGAUCUUCUGGGAAUUUGACCAAACAAAUGUCAAGUGGAAUGACUACCUUAAAUAUCAAAUGUCCUCUCUGUGUAAUGAGAUUCCCAAGUCACCAUGAGCUACAAAACCACAAUCAGCAAGUUCAUGAUAUAAAAUUUUCAAUCUCAAAUAAGCCAAUCAAAGAAGAACAAGAUAGGACUAGACCACAGACAUAUGCCUGCAAUAUUCCCGAUACAAAGCAUCUUAUUCAACCUGUUCAGCCACAACUUCAGGAUGCAUCCAUGACACAAUCCAAAAAUCCAAUCCAACACAAUCCAUCACAACCCAGCCAAUUGAAAUGUAUCAUUAAAGAUGAGCAACAUGAUACUAUGGAAAUGAAGUCCAAAUUAGCUGAUAAAAAGACUACUUUAGAUCUGAAGAUUCAGGAUAAAGAAGUUUCGAAUCCAAUUAAAAAAGAAAAGAUCAAGAGUGGAAACAAGGCACCAGGUAUUUCUGAGAACAAUUUGGACACAAAGGAUCUUCAAAAAUGUAGUCAUCCAAGAAGGAACAGUUCAAAAGCAUCUACUCCACCACUAUCAAAUGACGAUGCAACUGAUGAAGUAUGUGAAAGUAACUGGGGGGAGGACUCUGAACCAGUUGAUGACUGGGAAGAGGAGAGGAGCAUGGGCACAUCUAGAGUUCUCAGGCCAAGAAAAAAGAUAAAGUCUUAUAAUGAGGAACUACUUUCAGAAGGAAGUACGGAACAAGAAAAUAUCAGUAACCAUGCAGCAGUUGACAAAUCUAAUCAAAAAGUAAAAGACAAAGGUUCAUCUAAACCUUCUAAAAAGCCAGAGAAAUUAGAACUAACUGGUAAAAAAUCUAAAGAUCCUCCUUUUGUUGACUUAAAUACUAGUAAUGUUCUUAAACGUAGUGUUACAUCUAAAAGAAAAGAUGGACAUCAGACUUCACCAACAGUUGACUUAGAUACUAGUAAUGUUCUUAAACAUAGUGUUAGAUCUAAACAAAAAGAUGGACAUAAAACUACACCAGCAGCACCAAAUAUCACUUCUACAACUCCAAGCUCUUCUGUUAUUGCUCCAAAGCAAUCUGGAAUGACAGUUGAGAAGCUAACAUCAAUUAUUAAUGAAGGAUGUAAAUCAAAUCGUCCUGUGUCAACAAAUAUUCUGAAAAGUGGAGAUGUAUCAAAAGAGCAUCGCUCUAGUUGUUCCCUGGAUAGCAACAAAAAUGAUGUGGAAACUCCUGAUACACAUAAUGACGAUAAACCAGAACUUGAAACUGAUGAUGAAAUAUGUGUACUACCUUUAACAAAAAAUGGGGAUUUUAUGAUCCCUAAAGAAAAGGUUUUCUCAUCACAUGUACAGUGUUCAGAUUGCUCAUUUAGAUCUAGAAUCCAAAGUAGCCUUGUUCAUCAUUUACAACAGGAACAUGUUAAAAAGGAAACACCGCGCAAAAUGCCAGCUAUUAGAUAUUUAUCUAACUGUAGUAAGAGAAGAGAAAAGGGUGAGGUAAGGGUUGCCAAGGUCCUUCCAAAAGUUGAAAAGCACCAUUAUAAGCAUGGUGAUCACUUUGAAACCAAAAUUAGUAUUCAGCCAGAAGAUAUUUUUUCAGCUUGUGAAACUGGUAAAAGUUCCCGUCAUUGCCGGCAGUGCAAUUUCUCUGGAAAAUCAACAAAAGAGCUUAGGCUACAUAGAUACCUCAAACAUAUAUUGAAGAAACACUUCUUCUGUAUUUACUGUGGAUUAAAAGCAGAAUCUGAAAAGGUAAUUAAAAGCCAUUGUAAAAAGGUCCAUAAAAGCCUGCCAGUUGAACAUAAAAUCCUCCCAGCAGACAUGGAUCCUAAACCAGAACUGUGCUUGUCGCUUGUGGAUGAUAUAGGGAACAAGUCAAACAUACAUCAUGGGGAAAGCCUUAGGACUAGCAUUACAGGUAGAAAGGUAGCAGAAAUAGUUAGUGGAUCUGCUGAUGAUUUCACAGUUUUGGCAAGAGGUAAUGAUGUUGGUAAGUUGGUUGGUAAGUUGGUUGGAAAGUUCAAAUGUAAUGUGUGUAAUAGUGGGUCUACUUACACAAGCAAAGAAGAAGCAGGAAAACAUAUCAAUAGAAGCCAUUUAGGCAUAAAUAAUUACACUUGCACUCAAUGCAACACACAAUUUCAAAAGAAGAAUGAUUGUGAACAUCACUGUAUUUCCAAACACAAAUCUGACAAGUACGUAAAAUCUAACAAACCUCCUGUAUUUAGGGUUGUUAAAGUAGAAGGUGGCAUUUCUUAUCUUGGAACUGACAUUGAAGAUGAUCCAAAAGAAGUUACCAAUGUUGACAGUCGAGAAACUAUCUUCUGUGGUCUGUGUAAUAAAAGUGAUAAGGAAGAAGAUGUAAUAAAGAAACAUAUACUUGACAAGCAUGUGCGUUUUCUCCCAUUCAUAUGUACAAUAUGUAACCAAUCAUUGUACAACCGAGAGUCUGCAGAAGCUCAUUGUAAACACAGACAUGAGGGAAAGGAUCAUAAGAAGUGUAUUGCUACUGUAGUGGCGCCAAACAUUGACCACACCAUCAAAGAGAUCAAAGGAAAAAUCUAUAUUGGUGAUGUUGCACUUACACAACCUACAAAACCUGUGAUACGUACAUUACCAGAUCAGAAAACAAAUAAAGAUCAUGCCAGGUUACCUAUUAAUACAAAAGCUAAUACUAAGUCUGUUACAGAAAUUCAGAAAUCUGGAACAGAACCUAAGAAAGCAGAGAAACCUAUUCAACCUAAUGAGGAAUUUCAAUGUAAUGUUUGCAAGAAACAAUACCUAAAUAAGCACACCAUCAACAUGCAUAUCUAUACUACCCAUAAAACAUCAGAACGUUUCUUUUGCAAACUUUGUGAUGUUAAAGCUAUGUGUACCCGUGAUGAGAUUAAGGAACAUAUAUUAAAUGUUCAUAGGAAUACUGCACCAUUGAACAUUGGGGUAAAGCCAUUACCCACUUUGAAGUAUACAAAGUCUGGUUCUUUAACAAUCGUCACCCCUGAGUUAACAAACACAGAUGACUCCCCUGCACAAACUGCUGAAGAUAUUAGAAAAUUCAGAUGUGGUCUAUGUCAUGUAGAUAGCAAGAAUAAAUAUGAAACCAAGAAGCAUGUUUAUUCUGUCCAUUUGAAACUUGGAGGGUAUUAUUGCAAAUUGUGCAACGACCAGUUUUACAAGGUUAACGAAGCCAAAGAACAUGUUAAGUUGAAACACGCUAAAUCUUCCAUAGAGAAAUAUAUUGGGUAUCAUACACUUCCAGAGUUGCUUGAAACAAACACCUCAAAGUAUACCAUUUUUACACCUCCAUCAGAUGUUCCUAGUUCCCAUUCUAAAACUGCAAUGGAUGCUUCAAGUUCUACAUCAGAUGUAUCUUCCAAAUGUCCAAAAAUACAUGUAAAGGGAAAAGAUAAAGAUGAAAAAAUGGAUUCGAAAAGGAAAAGAAAAUUACCAACAACAUCUGAGAAGGGCAUAUCAUCCAAAUCCGAAGCUAAAAGGAGAAAAUAA